UUGAAAGGCUACAUUACUGUCUUCGUUCUCGUGUUGAUUUUUUCCCCCAUUGAUUUUUGAUACAGCUGCAGGCGGAGAGAAGCGCGGCCAGCGCAGCCACUGAGCGCCGAGCAGCCGAAGCGCGAGGGGCCGAGCCCGGCCGGGACAGGGUGCGGCGCGGAGCUCCGCCAGCAGGGGGCGCCGGCGGCUCCGUCAGGGCUGCCUGCAGAAGCGGCGUUUUUCACUGAGAAAUCCCUCCCGCGCAGCUCUCCCCGCGGCGAGCUCCGAGCAGUCUCCGCAGGUCCCUGCGCCCGGCGCCUCCCGCGGGGCCCCGCCACCCUUCAGGUGCCGCGCUUUCGUUUUACGCGGGACUUCCCCCCAGCGGGCGGGCUGCGGGGCAGCGGGAGCGCUGAAGGCCGCAGGGAUCGGCCCCGGAGGAGCGGAGGCCGGGGCGCGGCGCUGCGUCCAGAAGGAAGCGCGGAGGUGAGAUAACGAUGGAUGCGAUAUUAUCCCGCUUGAAGCAGCUCAGCCCCGAUGAGCUUAGAGAAGAAGUUGUAAGAGCAGGGCUGAAGUGUGGGCCCAUCACCUCGACUACCAGGUUUAUCUUUGAAAAAAAAUUGGCUCAGUUUUUACUGGAGCAGCAGGGAACAUUGGAAGAAGAAGGGGCUGCGUGGUCAGAGGAGCCUGCUGGGAGCGCCCCAUCUGAUGGCAGCCACACUACUGCAGGGAAUCACAGCCAUCGUGGAAGCGUGUCCGACGAGGUUGACUUUGGGUACUGUGUUGGUCUGAACCCUCCGGAGGAAGAAGCUGUGACACACAUGAACUGCUCAGCUCCGGUCUGUGGGGCGGGAUAUGCUGGUUCUCAAGGCAGUGCUCAGAUGCCGUCCAGGGAUCCUCCGCUGUACUACGGCGUUUGCCCGGUCUAUGAUGACAUACUGGCAAGAAAUGAGAGAAUACAUGUUUAUGAAGAUAAAAAGGAAGCUCUCCAAGCUGUUAAGAUGAUUAAGGGUUCACGUUUUAAAGCGUUUUCAAACAGAGAAGAUGCUGAGAAAUUUGCUAAAGGAAUCUGUGAUUACUUUCCAUCUCCAAGCAAGUCCUCUUUGUGUUUGUCUCCGAUGAAAACAGGAUCAUUUACCAGAGAUGGGUUAUGCUCACUUGAGAUGGAAACUGCUAACAAGGAGAGGGCCAACAGUUACAAAAGUCCACGUACCCAGGAUCUUACUGCUAAGCUUCGGAAAGCUGUGGAGAAAGGAGAUAUAUCAACAUUUUCAGAACUGAUUUGGAGUAACCCUCGCUAUCUUAUUGGAUCUGGAGACAAUCCAACAGUUGUACAGGAAGGGUGCAGGUACAAUGUCAUGCACGUUGCUGCCAAGGAGAACCAGGCUGCUAUCUGCCAGCUAUUACUGGACACUUUGGAAAAUCCUGAAUUUAUGCGGCUGAUGUAUCCGGACGAUGAUAACACAAUGCUAAAGAAUCGCAUCCGAUACAUUGUUGACCUUUACCUUAACACACCUGAUAAAAUGGGAUUUGAUACUCCAUUGCAUUUUGCCUGCAAGUUUGGGAAUUCAGACGUUGUUAAUGUGCUUACCUCACACCCAGCUAUUGUAAAAAACCCAAGGAACAAAUAUGAUCAAACUCCAGCAGAAGUAGUUUGCGAGAGAAGCAAGAAUAAAUCUGCAGAAUUGAAAGAAAAACUAAGAGAGUUUUUGAAAGGUCGAUACUAUGUACCACUUCUGAGAGCAGAAGAUAAUUCCUCAGCUCCUGUGAUAGGUGCACCGUGGUCACCGGAUCAGACAGAUGAGAAUCCCCAGGCAGCUUUACCUAAAUACAUGGGCAGCCCCAAAGAUCCAGUCUUGUCUAUACGAGCUUUUGCAGGGCCCAUGAGUCCCUCCAAGGCUGAAGAAUUUCGCAGGCUGUGGAAGACUCCACCCCGAGAGAGGGCUGGCUUCUUUCACAACGUCAGGAAAUCUGAUCUGGAAAGAGGUGUUGAAAGAGUUGGAAGGGAGUUAGCUCAUGAACUGGGGUUCCCGUGGGUUGAAUACUGGGAAUUUCUGGGCUGUUUUGUUGAUCUGUCUUCCCAGGAGGGGUUGCGAAAAUUAGAAGAGUACCUGAGUCAUCGGGAAAUGAGCGAAAAGGCUCAGCAAGAAACAGGGGAAAAUGAAACCUGCAACAGAUAUAAAACGCCACAUCCUUCUGGCAAGAGUAAAAAGUGCUGCAAUUCUAUUUCUGUUGGAGCGUUUUUGGAUGAGGAUGAUGAUGACAUGAGCUUAGAAGAAAUUAAAAACAGACAAAAUGCAGCACGGAACAACAGCCCACCCGUUGUGCUGAAGGAACCCCGCAUCAAUGCUAUCGGAGACGCUGAGUGUGAGAUCUUGUCCAUGGAGCGUACCAGAAACAUCAUAGAAACAUCAGCUCAGCCCAGGCACUACGAGAAGGGGUUUUCUUCCAGCAAAAAUGGAUUUUGUAACCCUGUGGCCAGUGAAAGGAUAAUUGGUGACAGAAAGCACGUGCAUGAUGGAGAAGAUUGCCUUGUAUCGCCUGUUUGCAAUUUAACGUCAGAAUUUGAAAGCUUAACAUUCCAACAACAGGUGGGUGCAGGAGAAUCAAACAACAGCAGUGAAAAAACCAAGGAGAGAAUUCUGCCUGAAAGAACAAGCCAGGUUAGAAUGUCCAAAGAGCAGCUGGAUAAGACCUGCUAUGCGGUUUCACUGGCAAGUUCUUCUGAGCCAAGUGUUACAGGUAAACCUGGAGAGACCAAGUUAAGGACAGAACAUAAAAUGCCAUCAGAAAGGGAGAGAUUGUCCGUGGAUUCUGGAAUCCAGGCUAAUGAGGCACAACAGUGUCAAGAACCUCCUUCCCAGAAAUUUCUUUUGAAGACUUCACCCAUGAACGACAACUCUAAGAAAUUAUUUCUGCUUGGGGAGCAUCCAUCAAAGCUGGACAGUGACGUCUUAGCAGCUAUCGAAGCAGUGCAGAUUGAUCCACAGAAGUACCCUGCUAUUUACAGAUGGAAACACGAGGUGCAGUCCUACUCUUCAUCUGACAGGCAAAGUUGGCCAAGUCCAGCACUGAAAGGAAGAUUCAGGUCCCAAAGCACAGCUGCUGGCCCACCAAAUGCUUCAGUGUAUUCUAGUCCAGGAAGAAACAGUCCCCUGACGGGAAGUCCAGGGAAACAUGGCAGUGCUGCCUCGUUCUCUCCAGACCUUGGGAGCCCUGGCCGCUACAGCCCCGCCUGCGUCAACCACUCGAUGUUAAAACUGCGCUAUUUUUCAGAGCCUCCUCCCCACUAAACUACAAUUCGUUUUCCUGAAACUUUAGUUACAUUUUCUUUGUUAGAGUGAAGGAAAAAAUUACAAUGUUACUCAAGUGACACGAGGUUUGCACUUGGCUAUUUAUUUUUCCUCAAUUGAGGACAAAUGUAUGUUACGAAAACUGAAUAUAUGUCUUUAUGUCAUAUAGGAGAUGACAGAUUCCUGGUGAUAUGCAAGGAGUUAGCGAGGUCAGUGCAGUUGUCCAGUAGCUAUGGAUUUUCCCUUGUUGCCUGCAGGGCAGCGAGCUGAACCUUUUCUUAGAGCUGGUGGUAUUUCACUAUCACCAGCUGUCGUUAGCACAAUGACCUCAUUAGCCCUCAAUGACUUUUCUUUGCUUGGCCAGGCUGAAGGAAGCACAUCAUCAGUAAAAAUCUUACUAGAAACCCUACUAGAAGAAAUUAAGGGCAAGAUGUCAAAUGUUCUUCCAGGGGAACGUGCAACUGGAAGAGCCUACAACAAAGCCUGGGUAGUGACAGCAUUCCAGGGCAGGGUACCAAUGUGAAACCCUUCCACAUAACCAGAAAGGAUGUGUUACAGCCAGCAGGCUCAGCCAGAUAGUUGAAUACACACACACAUAUGUGCACACAUACUUCUAGAUGUAUGCAUGUAUUUACACAGCAAACCUUGAGUCUUAACCUGAGACUGUUAACAAAUACCAUGAUAUAAUGAGUGUUUUAGUCAAAGGGCACUGUAGAAAUACUGCUAAUCCUUUCAGUGAUAGUUUGAAGAGUUAAAAGAAUAAAGUUAGUUGCUUUUCCCCCCACAAAAGAGUUUAUCGUUUGCAGAUGGUAAUUAUUAGUUAUUACAGAAAAGCACAUCAGCAAGAAUUUCAGCAAAUUCACCAGCAAUGUACCCUAAUGGUCCAGUCUGUGAUACAGUACAGUGCUAUGCAGUGACUCGUGAUGCAGUCCCUUAGUUCCCAGCUGUUAAGAGAGGGGAGUAAAGGCUACAGAGAGCAGCUAAAAAUCGGAGCUGUCAUGGUGUCCCCAGGCUGGACGUGGUAACCCAUGUCUGUUACAGCACUCAGUGGUGUUAGUCCUUCUUCAGCCUUCCGAAAGAGCCACUCGUUCUGCCUGUACACUGCUGAGGUUUCAAACCUCAAAGAGCUUUCUGUGCCAAGCAUGUUUGUAACGUUGCUUGAAAGAAGGCUUCCAGAAAGAGGUCUCUAGUGCUGGUAGCUGUUAAAUGUAUUAUUUUAAAGACUGGGGGGGAAAAAAAAAAAAAAAGGGGGGCAACCCAUCUUAUCCUCACAACGUAAAACUGAUUAGGAAAAUUAAUUAAAACCUGCUAACGAUGUGCUAGUUAAAAGGAUGGGUUAGGAUUCGCUGGUGCCACAGGGCAGAAGUAAGCAAGCAUCUAUAACCUUCUUGGACUCUGUCACCUAAAUACACACCUGAGGAAGCACUGACUGCAGGCAGGAGGCCACCACGCAGUGCUGGCUCCCACGUGCUGCACUGGGGCUGAGCUGCAGAGGCAGGAUGGCAGAAGCCACACGCUGCCGGGCUCCAGGGCCAGCACGUGCUGGGGUGACUGUUCCGUGUACCCUCACACCGGUUCGUUAUUUGGUAGAACCCUAAAAAAAAAUGCACUUAUUGCUUUUGCAAGCUUAACAGUGCCUUUUGUAACAUACGUUUUUAAUUACACUUUCGUUCUUUUAAAAUUAAAGACGUGUCACCCACUUAGAGUGGGGCGCACAAAAUAGUUUUUUCUUCUGGAAUUUCUGAAUUUCAGCUAUUUUAACGUCUCUAAGUUUAUUUUGUGCAACAGGUCUACACUGUGGAAGAACAUUCCUAUUUUAGAAAUUAAUUAUUAAAAAAACCACACUUAUCGAGAUUCUUCUUUAUAACAGAAGUCUUUUUCCAGUGAUCAGGACAUGGGGAAGAGCCAUUUUCUCGGAGGACUGCUGUUCAGUGGUACUCCUGGCACUCAGCUUGGCAGACAUUAAAAACCCAUACUCUACUGCCUUGCCAGGUGAGCUGACUGACUUCCUCACCCUUUUGUUGUUGUGUGAUGCCUCCGUGCUCUCUCCCUGCUUUUGCAGGGCUCACAGCCCUACACUUGUAACGUAAAAAGGGUUGGGAGACAGUUGGUUUUUUUUAAUAAUGAAUUCAACAUAAUUGAUGUCAGUCAUCAUGGAGAAAUUACUCAAAUGCUAAAUGGAAAUCAUCACCUGGCAGCACGGGUAACAGCUUGAAGGCAAAUCCCUGCACUAAGCUGCCGUGCAGAGACCUGGCCCUUCUCCAUUUCUCACAGGGCAACAUUGUGCUUUCACGAGUUUGUCAGAGCCAGCAGACUGACACUAACACACACAGUAGCACCUUUUCUUUUUGUCCUUUACAUUUUUAUGUUUUUUCUUUUUUAAUAUUUCAAUGUAUAUCACUGCUGUGUAUGUGUAUACACACCAAACCAGGCAGAGGCACUGCCCCACCCCCCGCCUUCCACUUGCUAAGUUGGUUUCAGUUCAGGCCAGAGAUUAUUUUUUUAAUCGUUACACGAUUUGCAUUUCUCCAGCUGUACUGCAUUGUAAGAAGUAGUUUUUCUAACAGACAAUAUAUUUAAUUCAGCUAUUUUUAAAAAGUAGCAGUUUAUGUAGCGACUGAUCACUCACAGUUGAGAAGAACAGAACUUGUGGAGACACUGAGUCAGAUUGGGGUUGCUUCAGUUCACUUCUAACGGUGCAAAACAUCAGGGUUUUUCGUUUGUUUGUUUGAAUUAGCCAAGUGUCAUGUGAAAAACACAGCUACCUUGCUUUCUAUUCAAAAAUAAACGAGUGCUCCAAGUGUCA